CAAGGGAGGCCGGGUACCAUGGUGUUGGCCGCUCGAAGCGUCAACAUGUCCCUGUUUUGUCGAUACCCUUCUCUUGAGAAGAGGGAACACAGCUGAAGUGAGUCGCGAGUGGAUCAUCAGAACCAUGUGACCAUAACUGCGUGCACAACUCAAGCUUCACAUUAAACAGUAUGCACGCUCGCUCUCACAACUGGCGCUACCGCGUUGCAAGCGAACCAGCCCCAUUGUUUCUACAUGUCAAUGUGUCUGCUGAUUUCUGCCUCCGCACGUGUGGCGACGCAGGCAGUCCCAUUCUUUGACGGGGCAUCGUCUCGAGGACAGAAGGCAUGUAUUAAAAGUUAUCAACCCACCCGGAACCAGCACCCCAGGGGACAGUAGACUCGGUGGAUCUGGAUAUUCUUAGGCCCCACAGGCCCGAGAAUAUCCGCAUCCAACGGUUCCCCAGAUGGUACUGGGAUGGGCGCCGGGGUUCCCCCCUAUGCCCUUAGUUAGCAAACCCCGCGCCCAUCCAAGUAGAGAUGGACCAGGAAGCUGGAGCGCACACAUGGCUGGGUUUGCCAGUGUGCACUGCAUGCGGAGGUCACGCGCCGGAUGCACAUGCAGCAGCCGCGCCUACCUUGCCACAGCAGGGUCGAGCGCGGGAAAGGCGUCUGGCCGUGGUUGUGCCUCCGAAUCUCAAAAAAUCGUGUCGACAGAGAUCUGGAUAUAUCCAGCUUCCUUCCCGGUAGAAGUCCCGACCUCGGGAUCGCAAAAGCAGGGCGGCCAUCCCUCACGGAGGCCGCCGACAGAAAGACCUCCACGCCAAGCGCUCGGCCGCGGCCCCCCGGGCGGGCGCACUGUUGGCCCCCGCUGGGCGGUUGGGCGCGGCGCUGCGGGCCCCGCCCUCUUCCAGCCCAGGGCCUCCCUGGGCUGGCGCAGCUGGAGGAGGAGGGGGAGGAGGACGAGAAGGAGGAGGAGGAGGAGGAGGAG